UGCACUACCUGAGCCACUUUGGUGGGUUGUAGACUCCGUCUCAUGCUACCACUAGAGUGAGAGCACCGUGUUGCUUCCUAAGUGGACAGUUUGAUUUCACAGAAGUGUGAUUGACUUGGAGUUACAUUGUGUUGUUUAAGUGUUCCCUUUAUUUUUUUGAGCAGUGUAUAUAAACACUAGUACUACCAUGCAUCCGUAGAGAUACCGUUGCAGUAGUGAGACCACUGUUUGCUGUUUGUGGACUUCAGAAGUAAAACAGAAACCUUUGGCCCUCUGACAAACACUUGCGGUCCCAGAGCAAAACACCACCCAUCUCUGCACUGUAGAACCAGGCUUAUGCUGCGCCACACUGACCACUAGCCAAGCAGUCCUGAUUUUGAUUGUCUCUCUUUUCCUCUCAGCCAAUCAGUGGUCCCAUGUCCAGCAGCAAUAGGUACUUUGUUAUUGCUCUGUAAAAGCUAUCUGUUGGGAUAUGGUGCUGUAUCUGGCUGUGUUCUUGCUGCUCUGCCUCUGUCGGCAGGGACUAACUGAUGAAACUUGUAUGGUAGCUCCUGAGGACCACUUCUGUGGAGAGCAGGUGUUCAGACAGGAGGCCUGGCGGUCUGUAGGAGGUACUAUUGAGAGACUGGGCCGGCAGCUACUGGACUGCCUGCAGGCAGGGCCGGAGCAGCCCAACGUCAUCAUAUCACCCUUAAGUGUGGCCCUCGCACUGGCACAGCUCUCAUUGGGAGCUCACAACGAGACCCAGAAGUUGCUGCUCAGUUCUCUACAUGCCCACACCGUACCCUGCUACCAUCACACCCUGGGCAGCCUGCUCCAACACCUCACCAACACUUCCCUACAGGUGGCCACACGCAUGUACCUGCGCCCAGAGUUUGAGGUGUACCAGUCCUUUAUUGCAGAAUCCCUGCGUAGGUACAGAUCAGAGCCUGCCCCCCUGAUCUCAGUGGAGGAGGUCAACCAAUGGGUGGAGGAGGCCACCAAAGGUCACAUGACCAAUUUCCUGCCCAGUAUUCCGCACGACAUGGUGCUAAUGCUUAUCAAUGCUGUGCAUUUCAAAGGUGAGUGGGAGGCUCGCUUCGACCCUCAGCUCACACAGAAGGGGGAAUUCUACCUGGACAACAAGAACUUUGUCCAUGUGGACAUGAUGCGCUCAGCCAAGUACCCACUUAGCCUGUUAGAAGAUGGGGAGCUUGGAGCUCAGGUUGCACGUUUUCUGUUUAAGGGAAACACCAGCUUCCUAGUAGUGAUGCCGUUGCCAGGAAGAGGAAAUGUGUCAUCGCUGGUGGCAAAGCUGAACAUCUCGGACCUGUACAGGCGUCUACCUCAGGAGAGCACCAUGCAGGUCCAACUGCCAAAGUUCACCCUGCAGUACCGUCAAGAGCUACAGGAGGCGUUGUCCAGCAUGGGUUUGGGAUCUCUGUUCUCUGGUCCUGAUCUGUCCGGUAUCUCGGCGGUUCCUCUGCAGGUGUCCAGUGUGCGUCACGCUUGCGGUGUGGAGCUCAGUGAGGAAGGGGCCGACGCAUCUGCAGCCACCUCUGUUACCAUAAUGCGCUCCGUUCCCAUCUUCUUCGUAAACUCCCCCUUUCUGUUCGCCCUGGUAGACCAUGCCUCCCUUGCUCCCCUUUUCCUGGGCACUGUCACUAACCCUGCCCCUGACACCAGCCCAAUGCACAUUGACGGUCUUCUCGGUGAUGAUCCCCAUGGCAACAAUACCCAAAGUGACAGCACUAAUAGUAACAACAUACAGAGCGACGGCCCCCAUAGCAGCAACAAUGUACUUUGACCAGCCAUAGUGAGAAUGCAUUGUGGUGCCCCUGAGGGAGGGAGGUGCAUCAGCACCCCCUGAAUGAAGUGGAGGGGAAACUCCAACACCCAAAUGGCAUGGCAAAGAUCCAGUACUUGUGCCACCCACUCUCAUACAGUUCCUUCCUAAACCAACUUUGAUGCCCAGCCUGCCCCAACCCAUCUCUCACUUUUCUGCCCUGAACAAUACAACCUAACCAGCUGGUCACAUAUAGCAAAUCCAUUGGCACAGUUCCCAGACCAAAAUCAACCCCAGCCCCUAUGCCUAGACACCUGACUUCUCAGUCCCUCCCAAGUGUAUGCCCCCUGAUUUAGGAGAGACCAUGGACCUGUCCCGUACUACUGUGGAUGAACACUCAAUUUUGUAUUUUUUUUUACACUUGGUUGUGCACUGUCUUACACUAUUUGUGCUUUGUCAUACUUUCUCAUUCUGAUUAUUCGUACUUCUGGUAUUGAUUAAAGAAAAGGGAUGAAAUCAA